AUGAUCAAUAUGUCACAGACAUACGAGAAGAGAGAGCUCGACCCGGAGGUUGCUCUGCGGCCCUCGUCGAUUAAGAAAGAGGAGAAUGAAGCAAACCCUGUCCAAGAAGAUGCAGUUUUCGGUGAUAUUACGGAACGGGGCCCGAACUACCGCAACGUUGGAUGGUUGGGGGCAAUUGCUCUCAUGAUGAAGACGCAGGUUGGUUUGGGCGUCCUGUCCAUCCCGGCCGUUUUUGACGCACUCGGCCUCAUCCCCGGCAUCAUUUGCUUGUGUACCAUCGCCACCAUCACCACCUGGUCGGGCUAUAUGAUUGGCGUUUUCAAAUUGCGCCACGGGCAGGUCUACAGCAUCGACGAUGUUGGUGGGUUGCUGUUUGGCCGGAUUGGUCGUGAGGUUUUUGCAAUUGCAUUUGCACUUUGGUGGAUUUGCUGUUCCGGAUCUGGCAUGCUCAGCAUUUCAAUCGGCCUGAAUGCCCUUUCAACGCACGGUACCUGCACGGCCGUCUUUGUUGCAGUUUCUGCCAUUGUGGGAUUCAUUUGCGGUAGCAUUCAGACGCUCGGACGCAUUACGUGGCUGGCAUGGAUCGGCUUGGCUGGCAUUGUGACUUCGAUAUUCGCCCUUACCGUGGCUGUCGGAGUUCAAGAUCGCCCCGACGCAGCGCCGCAGGGAGGUGAAUGGGCGUCUGACUAUAAACUUUUCGGCAACCCGACCUUCGCUGAAGCUACGUCAGCUCUGGCGUCGCUCAUCUUCGCUUACGCCGGAACGCCCGCCUUUUUCUCCAUCGCGUCGGAGAUGCGCGAUCCUCGGUACUACACUCGCUCGUUGAUGAUCUGCCAGACGUGCGUGACGUCGAUCUAUAUCGCCAUCGGCACCGUCGUCUACUACUACUGCGGAUCAUACGUUGCAUCACCAGCAUUGGGCUCGGCUGGAGUGGUUAUGAAGAAGGUGUGCUAUGGGUUGGCUCUGCCCGGAUUGAUCGUCACCACGACGCUCAUGACACACUACCCGGCCAAGUAUGCCUUCGUCCGCAUUCUCCGCGGGUCCCACCACCUCACUGAGAAUUCCAUCAUCCACUGGGCUACCUGGCUUGGCUGCACGUUCAGUGUUGCAAUGAUCGCGUACAUCAUAGCCAGCGCCAUCCCCGUCUUCUACGGCCUCGUUGCGCUUGUCGGGGCCCUUCUCGGAACGCUCAUGUGCUUCCAGCCCAUGGGCUGCAUGUGGCUCUACGACAACUGGGGCAAACGUAAGACGGGGGCGUCUACCAAGUGGACUCUUAUGGUUUGCUGGUGCGUCUUUGUCAUUGCGUCUGGAACUUUUCUGAUGGUGGCCGGUACAUACGGUGCCAUUGUGGGUAUCGUGGCCGACUACAAAGCGUCAGGCGGCUCAGCGGCAUGGUCCUGUGCCGACAAUUCAAACUCGGUGUAG